AUGUCCUUUAUCUAUCUAUCUAUCUGCACUGUCCAGAUCUAUCUAUCUAUCUAUCUAUCUAUCUAUCUAUCUAUCUAUCUAUCUAUUUCUUUUCUUUUUUCUUUCUUUUUACACUUCUUCUUUACCACCCAUUUUUCAAUGUUAUUGUUUACCUCAUUUCUGUAUUCUUUUAUUGAACAAACAAAGCAAAAUUUCUGCAAAGCAGAAUUCCUACCAAAAGAAUUCUCUCUUUCUAUUUUCAUUUCUUUCCUUUUUUUCUUUUUAUUUCACUUUUUUAUCUUCUUUCUUUCUUUCUUUUUUCUUUCUUUCUUUCUUAUUUUUUAUUCCUUUAGCUUCAAGUUCCAAGAUGAUAACUCUGCAAGUGCUUUUAAAAACCCAGCAACCAGCUGUGAUCGAAUGCGUAAUGACAAAUCGGGAUAUUAUUAUUAUUAUUAUUAUUAUUAUUAUUAUUAUUAA